AUGAUUUCAACAAUAGGUUCUACAACACUUCAAACAACAGCACCAAACUCGUUAGUCAUGAAUCCUACGUCAAUGUUAGUAGAAAUGAAAAGCUUCAUUCCUUCUUCAUAUACUUUUGAAACAGAAAUCCAGAAGAUAAAGCAAGAACUUUUAACAUGUAAUUUAGACUGUAGUGCGAAAGAUGAACAAAAUGAACAGUAUCUUUAUGAAAUGCAGGACAUUAUUGACCAUUUACCCAAAUUGCCUGAAAUUCAGCAACAAAAACUAACCAUUCCUGAAUUUGACGAAAUUGAAGUCAAAGCAACUGACUCAGUAGAAAUAAAGAAGUUCAUUCGUAAGGUAAACUAUGAGUUUCUAGGAUUUCAUUGCAACCAUAAGGUUAUGGACAAAGAUUGCGACAUGGUAUAUAAGAAUGUUUCUGACAUAUAUAAAUCUGAAGAAUUUAAGACCUACGACAACUUUGUUUCGUUAGUUGCUGAAUGUGUAUGGCAGAUAAGAGAUAAAGAUAGAAGAGGUAAGGUAUGGAACAAACAAAUAAAACCAACUGCUUCAGAUUUAAAGAAAACCAUUGACUCUUUAGUUGUUUUAGCAGGUAAGGUUUCAGAA